ACGCUCGCAAUAUUUUUUCGCCAUCACUCAUCCUUAUUUAUUUGUUGAUCAAUUUCUAGCUUCUUUUUUGAUCAUGUCACUUGCUGGUAAAAUUAGCAUUGAAAUUGGGGUUCAUGCAACCGCUGAAAAGUGGUUCAACCUCUUCGCAACUCAACUCCAUAAUGUUCAAAACCUUACUGACAGAGUUCAUGGAACCAAGCUGCAUCAUGGUGAUGACUGGCACCACAAUGAGUCAGUCAAGCAUUGGACUUGUACGAUAGAUGGCAAGGUUACAACAUAUUACGAGAGUAUUGAAUCCAUUGAUGAACCGAACAAAACAAUCACCUACAAGCUCUUCGGUGAAGAUAUCGAUCAUCAGUUUAAGGCUUUUAACGUCAUCUUUAAAGCUAUUGGUAAGGAUCAUGGUGGUGCUAUUAUCAAAUGGAGCAUUGAAUAUGAGAGGGUUAGUGAGGAAGUUGAUCCUCCUUAUGGCUUCAUCGAAUACCUGAACAAAGGAAGCAUCGAAGUUGAUGGUCAUCUUCUCAACGCAUAGCUCCAUAAGUUAUGUUGAAAAUAAAAACAAAUAAUGGGCUUGGCCUUGGGAUAUAAUUAAUCAGUGAGAUGUUUGACGAGAAGGAUGCUUACGUAGAUAUCCUUCGCUUGCUUGGAAUAAAUUUGGAUAUGCAUGUCGGUGAUGUCUUAAAGUGUGUUAAUUGUUAUAUAUAUAUAUGGUAUUCGUUAUUGUGUUCCUUAUAAAAUAUUAAUGUCGUUGAGUUACUUGUUGUCUUUA